AUGCCGCGACCAAGAUUCGAACGCUGGCUCGCCCUCGCCAGCGCCUGCGCGCUCUCCUUAAACACUAGGACCUGCGCUCCCCUGGAGCUCGCGGCGAUUUCAGGACCGCGCACUCCCUCGCGACCGCUGCCAAAAAGUGGCUACUGGGAGGCCCGGCAGGAGGUGAAAGGCACCCGCUUCAUCGCCUUUCUCGGGCCCUGCGUAGACCGGGCUUCGGCGCUGGAGUUUCGCCGCCGAGUUGCGGAUCCUCGGGCGCACCACAACUGUUGGGCUGGAGUGGAUCUGAAUGGGGUUGCCCUUGGCCAAAGUGAUGAUGGAGAGCCUUCCGGAACUGCAGGCAUGCCAAUGCGCAGAGUGCUGGAGUCUGCAGAUGUAAGAGGGGUGGUGGUGGUUGUCACCAAGUACUUUGGCGGCUUUCACUCCGGUACUGGUGGCUUGGUUCGAGAGUACACCGCGGCAUGCAAAGCCGUGAUGGACGAGGCACGUUGGAGCGAGUUUGUGCGUCGCGUCUGCGUUCGUGUCUGCAACAUACCCGCUUUCCGGGUCUCGGCGCUGUAUGCGCUUCGGGACGCGUCUACCCGGCUGGCGGGGCUCCGUUUCCGUGAGGAUGGCGAGGCAUCUGCCAACUUUUGGGUCCCUGCUGAAAGUGCAGGGCAUUGGUUGUCGAAGUUCGCGGAUUUGGGUGAACAUGUGGAGGCAGAGCUCUUGGAGAAGGAAGAAGCAGAGGAGGAGGAAGAGGAAGUGGAGUGCGAGGUGGAGGAAGAGGAAGAGGAAGAAGUGGAUGAAGAGGGAGAAGAAGCGGAAGAGGGUGCAGGGGACGAAGGCGAAGAUGAUCCGGAGUUUGCUGAGCGACCUCCUGAGAUAUCUGAAAUAGCUUCCGGCCGAGAGAAGGCCCUCCAAGAAGCGUCAGGUCCUUGGCCCGGAGGACAGAUGGUGGACGGAUCACAGCGGACAAGAGGCUUGAGGAGCAAGCUUUCCCGACCUCCUCGCAGGGGCCCGACGGAUGCGAGCAGCAUGUAG